CUCGCCACCCUCUUCAUCACCAGUCACCAUUCACCAGUCACCACGCACACCUCACUACGGACGGUCGCAUCAGGAGGUACCAUUAACCAAAUCAUAUAUCGCGUCUGACCGCCACUUGACCAAUCAUUCGAGCGGGCCCUCGUUCUCUUCGCUCACGGCCGUCCGCCUGGUCGGGUCUCCCAACCGUCUGGUUCUGGGACACAACAACCCCGUGCCACAUAACACCUGUCUGUCUGAUUCUCUCGCCAUCCAACUCCGCUUUCUUCUUGUUUUCGUAAACGAUUGCAUCGAUUUUAUCAAUUUCCGACCGCGUUUUGUCGCUGUGGAGGGUGCUCGUCAUGGUCGCUGUUCUAGCCGUUUAAUUUACGCCUAUUCGAUCGAUUGAUUUGUUCAACCAUUGUUCAACCAUUGUGAUUGAUUCUACGGUUCAUCUACGGAUCCUGACCCACCGUCCUUAACCAUGUCGACAUCCCAGUCCGAUGGAAAACAGGAGGGGCUGGCUAAAGUGCUGAGUCGCAUGAAGACCGUUUUGAGAAGGACUCCCUCCAGAGCCACGACAAGCACUGCCAGAGAGACAAUAGCCCCGGUUCAACCAGAGUCUAGCAAAGCGCCUGCUCAACCGAAAUCGACCCCUCAACCGGCGAAACCCGCCCCUGAACCGACUGUUGUAUCCCACUGGAGCGCGAUCCAGGAGGAAAAGGCCCGCGCUCUCUUCGCCAAAUAUGGAUUGACCCUCGAACCGGGCGAGUGGAAGGCUACGAGCGAUGUGACCGUCCAGCGGGUCGUCAAGCCCAUCCGCAUGCGCGUCCGCCGUACCUGCCAUCGCUGCCAGACUACCUUUGGCCCCGACAAGGUCUGCGUUAACUGCCAGCACGUCCGCUGCAAGAAUUGCCCGCGAUACCCCGCAGCGAAACCGAAGGACAAGCAGGAGCAGACCGAGACCGCGCUCCAGGCCAUUCUGGCCCAGAAGGCCCAGCCCGUGCGACCCAAGCCCAGAGAACACCAAUUAACGCUGCCAUCGCGCUCCGGUGGCCAGGAUCUCAUCCGCAAGCAGCCCCGGCAGCGAUUACGACGGACGUGCCACAGGUGCAAUACGCUUUUCGCGCCCCACUCAACGGAAUGCAGCAGUUGCAAGCAUAUUCGAUGCAAGAAUUGCCCUCGCGAUCCACCCAAACUUGACAAAUAUCCCGACGGCUACCCCGGAGAUGCGGAACCGCCGUAUGAACCGCCAGCUCGGACCUGGAAGAAACCGCGGCAGAGGGUCCGGUAUACCUGCCACCAAUGCUCGACCGUUUACAGAUCGGGCGAGAAAAAUUGUGCCAAUUGUGGGCAGGAGAAGUGUGCAGAAACUAUACGAGACCCACCGAAAAAAAUCAAGCCAGAACCAGAUCCCGAGAUAGUGAGACGAGUGGAGGAGAGGCUGGCAAAUAUCAGAGUUAGUGAAGGGAGCGAGACUCCAAAGUCCUGAAGCACAGGCUUGAUGGGCGCAAUCGAGAUCUGGAAUACUUGUCGAUGUCGAGUACCGACGGAGCGAGCAGAGCAUAGCAUAGCGUUUCUUUAGCACAAUGAUUACGACCGACCAG